AUUGAACUCCAUAGGAAACGUCAUGGAUAUAGAUUCGACUAUUUUGAGAGAAAGCGAAAAAAGGAGGCUCGUGAGCCGCACGAACGCAGUGCGAAGGCGCGUAAGCUCAGGGGUCUGAAGGCGAAAUUAGCGAACAAAGAAAGAUUCAAGGAGAAAGUUCAAAUGAAGAAGACAUUGCGAAUGCAUGAGCUGAAGAAAACCAAUCAGAAGGCAGGUGAAGCUGGUGGACCUGGGGAGAAGCCAGCAUAUCUUCUCGAUCGAGAUGAACAGAUUUCUGCCAAAGUGCUUUCAAACACUGUAAAACAGAAGAGAGCCGAAAAAGCGGGCAAAUGGGAGGUACCUUUACCCAAAGUUCGCAGCAUCUCCGAGGCCGAGGCUUUCAAAGUGGUUCGAACGGGCAAAUCCAAACGCAAAGCUUGGAAGCGAAUGGUCACAAAAAUGUGUUUUGUGGGUGAUACAUUCACGCGGAAACCACCCAAGUUUGAGCGGUUCAUACGACCCAUGGGGCUCCGUGUGCGCAAAGCAAAUGUCACACACCCGGAGUUGAAAGCCACUUUUCAGCUGCCCAUUAUCGGAGUAAAGAAAAACCCCAGCUCCCCAAUGUAUACAUCCUUGGGUGUGGUCACAAAGGGUACCAUCAUUGAGGUGAAUGUGAGCGAUUUGGGUCUGGUUACCCCCGGUGGCAAAGUGGUUUGGGGCAAAUACGCACAGGUCACAAACAAUCCGGAGAAUGAAGGUUGUGUGAACGCCGUGCUCAUUGUCUAA